AUGAACAAACAAUUUUCGCCCAUAAAAGAAACGAACAUUGAAAAAGGCGCCAUUGACAUAUUUAAGCAAAAAAUCGAAAGAAAAAAACAAAACUACCUAAGGUUCAGUUUUACAAAUAGCCACCAAAAUAGCAACGGUGAGGAGAGUCAAAAGGGUGAAGCCAUUCGCAAGGGUGAGGAAAAUCACAAGGCUGAAGCCAAUCGCAACGAUGAAGAGAACGACAGUGCAAUCUGUCCGAAUGACGUAGUCUGCGAAAAGAACAAAAAGGUGAUACUCAUACAGACAUGUGACACACACGAUAAAUACAUUCUCAAUUUGCACGAUGAGGAAAGCCACAGCUACGCAAAAGACACCCAUGUAGAAGAAGAAAAAUAUAACAACUAUCUUCAUAAAAAAACGCAACAAAAAAAAAGUACACAUAAAAAACAGGACAAUAUUUAUAUCCCAUUAAAAAUUUUAUCGAACAAAUAUGACUACAGCGAUAUUGUUCAGGCGACAAAUAAUUUUGCAGAAGAAAAUAAAAUUGCCAAAGGAGGAAAUGGAAUUGUUUACAAAGGCAUGUUAAAAAGUUGCAUAAGUGUUGCCAUAAAAGUGCUGCAUAAAAAUGAAAACAAUGGUUUCGAAAAUGAAGUCAUCAUCAUGAGCAGAUAUAGACAUAAAAAUAUUUUAUCCCUCCUUGGGUAUGCAGUAAAUACAAAUUAUUUUUACUUAAUUUAUGAGUAUGUUCAUUUGGGGGAUUUACGAACCCUUUUAUUUAACCAUUAUUAUUUUUAUAGUAUAAGAGAUCGAGAAAAUGCAGAGGCACAUGUGGCUUUCAAUAUGAAGAAGAAUAAUCCUGAAUUUUCUGCAGGGCAAAAAAUAUCCCCAUAUGGAAAUAAUCAGUUAUUAAUGAACAAACAGGGGGACCUUAGAAAUGGGAUGAACAAUUUGCGAUUUUCUGUCCUUGCGCAUGAUCAUCUCGAGAGUACCCAGCGCAUGCCUCUCUUCCUGUCCUUCCAUGUUAGGCUGAACAUUCUCAUUCAGGUAAUAAACGUGCUGUGCUACCUGCACACUUCCUCGCCAAUCGUUUAUCACAGGGAUUUGAAGUCGGCCAAUAUUUUGAUCGACGAGAAGUUCAACGCCAAGCUGGGUGACUUUGGCCUUUCCUUCGUGUACAAGAAUAACAACAAUGUGUUUAACCUCACGGGCGGCACGCCCGGGUACGCCGACCCGUACUACAUAUCGACGCACGAAAUAAACGAGCAGACAGAAAUAUACUCCUUCGGGGCGCUGAUCCUGGAAAUGCUCGUGUCCAAAUCCCCCGCCGUACACGUAGGGAAGAACUACAACUGCAUUUAUAACACAAAUGACAAAUGCCCCAUCUUCUGUCACAGGAAGAAAAGCGAAAAUGAAGACAACGUAUUUGAUUACCUAGUGAAUCACAUAAACAUGAAUGAUUAUAAGUCAAUCUAUGCUGUCCUCGAUCACAGUGUCCACUUCCCUGAAUUCCUUGUUGAAAAAUUAACAAAACUCUCCUUCCUAUGCUUAAAUCCUAAUAUAAAAAAUAGGCCAUCUUCCAAGUUGGUUAACUUAAUCUUACUCGAAAUACAAAAGGAGAGCGAGUUCUACAUCAAGCAACAGAACGAACUGGUGCAGAAAAAAAUAAGCUGCGCUGGUGUCAGGCUGGACGAUUAUCACAAGGGGGAAGACUGUGUUAAGGUUUGCAUGCAAAGUGAUGGAGUGCAUAAGAAAGAAAGACAAAGUGGACACGCCGAUGGGUAUGGAGGAAAAGUUCACAUCAGUGAAAAAAAGCAAAAGGGAAACGAACCAGACCAUGAGAGCUAUGCCAAUAGGAAGGAAGAAAUAAAUUAUGACAAUGUUAAAGAAAUGUUUUUCAAAUUUAUGUGUGCUGUGUUUGGGGGUGGCCAAGUAGAUCGCCUAGACCAACAGGCGGGGGACAUAAUUACUAACGAAAAAGAUGUAGACAAAAAAUUACGCGUUGAUUUGAGCAUGGAAUUUUACACGCACCUUUUUAAGGCCUUCCUUGAUGCAUGCGCGGGGAGGAGUCGAAAUACACAAGAGAGUAAUGACCAGGAGGGAAGAGAAGAGGAACACACCCACAGCUCAUCGUUCAAGUGCAACACAGUUGGUAACUUGAGUCAAAUGAAAACUUUUUUUCUAGAUAAGCUACACAAGGAUAUUUUUUUUAAAAAUCAUGUCUUCAAUUCUUUUUCACUUAAUUUAAUGAAUGGUUAUUUUGUGAGGUUCAUUCAGGACUACUUGCAAAAUUGUGGCAGCACACGAGGUGUGGAGAGCCCAUCGGGGGGCGAUAAGGUCCUGCUUGGUAAAGACGUGAUUGGGAAGGCCGCUAUUGGGGGGAGCAGCGAGCAUUCACAGGGAAGCGCUGCCAACCAGUUCCAAUUCGGAAGUUGCGCCAAUCAGCAAAACCGUUUCGGACUUUCCCCCAAUGAGUGCCCCUUCGGACGCGCCCCCCCCCCCUGCAAUGCAAAAGAGUUGGGACAACAGAGCAGAGCGUCGAACUGCGUACUGAGGAGGAUAGGGGGGACCGACAAGGACGUGCACAGCCUCUUCAACAAUAAGAGACCAAUUCAAGUGACACCUCUCAGGGCGCAACCCAUCGAGGGGGACAGAGGCAGGAACAGAAGCGGAAAUGGCGGCGGGAAUGGAAGCGGCCGUGGAGAAAUUGCGGACGCGCUCUUGUCGGAAGGCAAAAAUUGCAGAUUGAGGAAUAAAAAUGCGAAUGAGGACAACACAUUUUUGAAGCAAGGGGGGGAGGAGCCCCCAGGGCAAGCGCAAAAUAGAAAGCAUGACUUCUACCCCCCUGCUUGCAUAGACCUAAUGAAGAAUGAUUAUCUCGCAGGAGAUGCCUUCCAACGAAACAGGCGCGAUACAGGGGGAGACCCCACGCAAAGAAAAAAGGCUUCCAUCCUUAUGAACAGAAAUAAUGGAAAAAACAAACAUAACCGUGUCGACAAUGUAAAUGCAAUUGGCUGGAGUAGCCAACAGAACCAAGGACUUGCAGACAACGUGCAGCCAAAUCAACAAAACAGCACAGACUACGAGAAGGGAAAUAAUUAUUGUGAUGCUAAUAACCCCAUGAUGGAGAGAAAUUCUCAGGGGCUAUGCAAAAACAGCAUCUUUGGCCAAGCCCAGCAGAGUGGACAGAAUGGCAUACCCAAUUACGAAAAUGUGUUCAGCCUAUACAGUUCCCCCGUCAUGCAAAAUGAGAACAAGAUGCAACAGAACACGAGUGCGAAUAAGUGGCCUUUGAAAAGGAACUCCAGAGAGAACCCUCCCAAGGUGGACUUCACCAUCGCGCAAAAGCAGCAGCAGGGGCAGCAGCAGGGACAGCUCCCGGGACAGACGGAACAGCGGAUGAACGACAAGAAGAAGGUCAUGUGCAUGAACGUCGCUGUGGAGGAGGGAAAGGCGGCUGGAAGUUUUGGCACCCGCAGAGGGGGGGGACCCAGACGGGGAUGCGCAUUGUCAGGUGGCGUUAGUAGCGGAAGGGCCUACCACAGAGGAAGUAACCGAGAUAGCCUACACGAUGAGGGAUGCACACCCCAGAUGCUGGGGCCACGAGAAAACAACGUCGUUCACAUCUCUAACUUUGCAAAUUACCUAAACUUUGACCGAAACAGAAGCGGAGUCGACUCCAAAGCAUUCGAGUGGUUCCACAAAAACGUAUUCGAACUGGUAAUUGAAGAAAACAAAGUCAUAUCAGAGGUAACUUUCUUGGAUAUUCUAUACGAAUUCAAUAUUUUUUCAUUCAAGAAAAAUAGCAUUCUUUCAAAUUACGGCACAUUGUAUGGGUUCCCACUGGGGUGGGACACCACAGAGUCUUCAUCCUCAGGCCAAUACUCGCUUAGUGGGAAAUGGUCAAACUAUACAAACGCAGAAAAUAAUUUCAUUACAGAUAAUUUAACAAAUGAAUUUUUUUUCGAAAUAGCUGUUCACCAUGAUCUUGUGAAGAAGACGCACACAGUGUUUCUACUGAAAUCCAAUCGUUCCCAACAUCAAAUGUGUGACGACAGUGAAAUUGUUUUUAAAAAAACUUGGGUAUCAGAUUAUGUUGGAAGAAGAAAUGACUUUGUGGAAAAAAUUUUAAAAAAGUCCAUUUCUAAUAUGCUAUAUGAAUGUAUAAGUCGAAAGCAUUGUUUUUUUUUGCUACAGGUACAAAUGAAAAAAUUAACAAGACCUACCAUUUGUACCGAUGUUGGUGGAACAGGCAGGGAAGGCUUCACUUACUAUUUGUUCGAAUACAACCUUCGAGUGGCGUGCAACAGUGACAAUUGUAUUUUUUCGAACAAUUACAUUUUGUAUAAAAAUAAUAUUUAUUCGUAUACCCUCCCGUGUAACACCCUCUCUCUGUUAGUGUUUUCUGAAAACCAAAUAAUGAAGUGCGGGGGGUCUCCUGGAAAACACUCUCCUGUCACCAGGCAGGUGGUGCACUUCCCCCUCUACCCCUUCUUCGUUAAUAUAAACUUUUACAGUGAGCGCUAG